AUGAGUCUAAACUCCGCAGUUGCCUAUACUGUUCACCCAUUUUCAGUCGAUUGUGGUAUCAAUAUGAAACUUGAAGACUAUGCAAUUGACUCAAGUAACCCUGCUGAUGUUGUGACAGCUGCAGAAGUUCGUCAUGCCAUGUUUGGUACUAGAGGCUCUAUCUGCUUCUCAACCAUCGUUUGGCUUCAGAGAUUUUGGAUAGACAUUUGCAGGCUUUAG